AUCAUGUCUUACAAGUCGAUCACGGCUAUGCUGGCCUUGGCCACUGGCAUAACUCAAGUCGCCAGCCAGAUCUGUGCCGAGAACAUCGUGACCACUCACGCUGGCCUCGAGUUCUAUCUCUACGACGACUCAAUCCCUGAGAACAACUACAGACCUCUUCAACUCAGACCCAGCAAGGAAGGUCCAUUCAGCUAUCUCGCCAUAGACAACAGCUCCCCCACGCUCCUCGCCAACCUGGACAACGGCGUUCUCGUCGCCGAAGGCCUGGACUCUGAUGGUACCAUCUUCGACCUUGGCCCCGUAGGCUUCCUGCAGAACUACACCACGGUUCCUCUUUCGAAGCCUACUACUUUUGGCCAGCUUGCUUUUGCCAACACUUCAUCGUUUCCGAAUGCCUCAGACUCGCAAUGGUUCCUGUCGGGGGCCAGCGGUACCAACACUUAUAACUUGUGGCACAACGAGCCUGUGAAUACGCUCAAUGGCGUGCAGAUUUGUGAGGCGGACUUUGACCUGAAUGAGGAUGGGACUCCGUGGUACUACUUCCAAUAUGUGGAUUGGGUCUCGUACUACCCGCCCGAAUGCGAGUUUGUUGCGGUCUUGACGAACGUUAGUUCGUCGGACCAGCCAACCUGUUAAGGACGCGUG